AAUGGAGUAUUACUAGGCAAUCAAAAAGAAUGAAACCUUGCCAUUUGCAACUACAUGGAUGGAGCUAGAGGGUGUUAUGCUAAGCAAAAUUAGAAAAAGACAGGAUUUUGGAAGACUAUUGCCCAGAAGAAAAGAUGUUUGGUUUUCACAAGCCAAAGAUGUACCGAAGUAUAGAGGGCUGCUGUAUUUGCAGAGCUAAGUCCUCCAGUUCUCGAUUCACUGACAGUAAAUGCUAUGAAAAGGAUUUCCAGAGCUCUUUUGGGUCGCAUGAGACUGGUUCAGGAGACAUCUGUAAUGCCUGUGUCCUGCUUGUGAAAAGAUGGAAGAAAUUGCCAGCAGGAUCACAAAAAAACUGGAAUCAUGUGGUAGAUGCAAGGGCAGGACCCAGUCUGAAGACAACAUUGAAAUCAAAGAAAGUGAAAACUUUAUCUGGAAACAUGAUAAAAAGCAACCAAAUCAGUAAACUACAGAAGGAAUUCAAACGUCACAAUUCUGAUGCUCACAGUACCACCUCAAGUGCCUCCCCAGCUCAGUCUCCUUGUUAUAGUAACCAGUCAGAUGAUGGCUCAGAUACAGAGAUGGCUUCUGGCUCUAACAGAACGCCAGUUUUUUCCUUUUUAGAUCUCACAUACUGGAAAAGACAGAAAAUACGUUGUGGGAUUAUCUAUAAAGGCCGUUUUGGAGAAGUUCUCAUUGACAUACAUCUAUUCAAGCCUUGCUGCAACAAUAAGAAAGCAGCUGCUGAGAAGCUGGAGGAGCAGGGGCCAGAGCCUCUGCCCAUCUCCACUCAGGAGUGGUGACUGAGGUUUAGGUAGAAGGGGAACAAAAAAAACAAUUUAAAUUUUGGAAAGAAAACAAAGCAACAAAACCCUCCUAUUUUUAACUUGGAUACCUGCUAUUCUGCCAAAAGACACUUUCUAGAAUAGUUCUGAAUGGGUUGUUAUUUCUCCUCCAGUUCCACAAACUCUGAAGCCAGUGUCUAGCUUACUAAAAGAAAAAAAGUAUACAUAAUAUUUAAGAUGCUGAGUAUUUCACAGGAAAGCUGAUGCUGCUGUAAAGUGCUCUUUAAGUCUUUUUUUUUUUUUUAAUCCCCUUCUAAUGAAUGAAUCUAGGGGAAUUUCAGGGGACAGAGAUGGGAUUUGUUGUAUGAUAAACGUAUGUAGUUUUAGUCUUUCUAUAUUGAGAAGCAGUGUUGGGCAUUUUUAAGAUGGCUGGCUAUACUUGUUUUCCUUCAUGAUAAUAAAUUUGUCAUAACUCAGUAACAUGGACUUGCCCCAAGAGGUAGUUGUCAAUAAUUUAAGGUCUUGCCAAGGUUCUGAUGAUUCAAACCUGUACUACUGAAUAUUAAGCAGGACAGACUAAGCUCUCUGGUGCAAAUGCCUCGAAGGAGUAGUUUCUAAACAUACAGAGAGGUAACUUGAGUGUAUAUGUUGCAUCCUCUGUCACCUCCCUCCAUAUUCAUUUUUGAUAAAGAUUUUAAUCUAUAUUGAAACUUCUAAAGCAGAAUCAAAGCUCCUCUGGGGAAAUGUCAAGUUUUAGGAUGAGCAAUCCUAAAUGAAGAGAACCAAAGCAUUACCGCAUGGUAGAGAUCACAUUCUAUUAAAAAUGUUGAAUUAUCUAAAAAAAAUGUGCACGUCUUCAGGAUGGCACAUACAAAAAACAAAGGUUAAUGCUGCUUGGGGCACAUUUCUUAGAGGGCUUGCCUAGUGUGUAAAUAAUUGACUUUUGUUUGUGUUACAUGACUGGUGACUUCAUUGAAAAUCUGUGCAAUUCAGUUUUAGCUCUGGAUUACUUCAGUUGACCUUUGUGAAGGUUUUGUCUGUGUAGAGUGAGUUGGGGUUGUUUGACUGGUUUUAACCUAUUAGGGUCUGGGGUUUUUGUUUUGUUUUUUUUUUUUCCACUCUAUAUUAAAGUAAAAUUCUAAAAGAAAAGAGGUGUGUGUUAAUGCUGAGUGGGCUGGUUUAGGUUUGACUUCUUUUAGUCAGGCUUUGUGAACAUUGAGAUGUUAGAUGAUGCAUCCUGAACACGGAGCUCUUUGAUUCCAAAAUCUUCAUUUGAGGCCUUUGUACCUGAACCCAAACCAAAGUACUGUCAUUGCCUCUUUUCUAAACGUUCAGGAAUAACCUAUCACCGGUUCAGACCUCUCAUAAUUAGGGAGGAUCAUUUGCCUACCUUAUAAUAACAUGACUCAGUGAUUAUUUUUAAAACUGGAUUUUAAAAAUUAGAUAGUAUAAAUAACAGUAAGGAGUGAGCCAUUUUUUACGGGCACCAUAUAGUUUUAUAAUUCUUAAUCUAAACUUAAAAUUUUAUAUUUCUUCCUUAUGGCAAAAACUACAAGCCACCAUAUGCACAGAUUACACCAUGAGUUGGGUUGGCUCUCCCACAGCCUCUGAGGUGAAUUACAAGAGUCCCAGCCAUUAUCAUAUUCCUCCUGUUGUUUCCAAAUGGUUUUUUUUUUUUUUUUUUGGUACAUUUUGGCUACAGUAUUGUGGUAGAAUAUACUAUAAUAUGAUCAUCUCUACUUCUGUAUUUAUUUAUUACCAGACCUCAACCACAGCCUUCUUUUUCCCCUUCCACCUCUUUGCCUGUAGGAUGUACUAUAUGUAGUCAUGCACUUUGUAUUAAUAUAUUAGAAAUCUACAAAUCUGUUUUGUACUUUUUAUACUGUUGGAUACUUACAAUCAAAACUUUUACUAGGGUAUUGAAUAAAUUUAGUCUUACUAGAAAAUAAAAAAAAAAAUUAGAGAAAGAAAAUGGCCUACGACUUCACUCAUAGGAGGAAUUUAAGAUACAAAACAGAUGAACAUAAGGGAAGCAAAAAGAAGAACAGGGAGGGGCAGGGUGUCUGUCGAUUAAGAAUCAGACAUCAGCUCAAGUCAUGAUCUCACACUUCAUGGGUUUGAACCCCAUCUCUGGAUCUUUUCAUUCCAGCUUGGAGCCUGGAGCCUACUUCAGAUUCUGUCUCCCUCCCUCUAUGCC